AUGACACGCCUUGUUGGUUACGUCGUCAUCAGCAUCUACCUGCCGUCCCUCAUCAUGCUGAUGAUUGGUUACCUGACGCUUUUCUUCCUCAACGACAACUUCGAGGUUCGAGUCAUGACGGCUCUUACCACGCUCUUGGUGAUGGCUACUCUCUUCACGCAGGUAUCUUCAUCCCUUCCCAAAACCUCCUACUUCAAACUAGUGGACGUGUGGCUGCUCUUCUGCAUCUUCUCCACAUUCCUCGUCAUCGUCUUCCACAUCAUCAUCGACCUCUCACUCCACAACGAAGGGACGACGAAUAGCACCGCUCAGACGAAGGUCAAGGCUGGCCCCCUCCCACGUCGAUCUGUGGCACUUCGGGGCAACACGAACGUGGCACCUUUCUUGCCUCCUUCCCCUUCUACAGGCAUGGCACUUGAGGCAUGCAGAAUACCCAAGAAGAUUCCCUCAAAAGUUGGGUGGUUCCAGAAGAUGUCAGUGCCAGAUAUAGAGAGGUUCGCCCGUUGGCUGAUGGCUGCUGUAUUUCUGGUGUUCAAUGUUUUUUAUUGGUUGAAGGCAUAUGGCUUUGUGUAA